GAUUCGAGUUUAAACAAUGCCGGAUUAGUAAGCAUUGCACACGAAAACAAACAAGAUGGUCCAAAAGGUUCUUGCCUGGUUCUUGCUGCUCCUAACGACUCUUUCCACCAUCGUUCUGGUGGCAAGUCACACCAAAACCAUCUACGGUCUAGAUGAAAGUGGUAACAGCACCCGUAUUGGCCAAAGUGAUACUCCAUUGAGUCGCUCCAAGAGAGCAAUCUUUAAUGGCCAGGGCGUUGUUAAGCUUGUACCGAGCUUAGCUUAUCCCGUGAAGCAGGUGGACAAGGAGCAAUCCUUCUGGUGGUUCUUCAACUUCCAGUGUCAGUGGGUUCCCACCACCAUUCCGAUUUACUGGUGGAGCUUUUGGAAUACCACCGCCUUUGUGUCCACCGCUCGGGAGUGGCGCAAGGAUAUGAAGUUAAAACUCACGCAUGACGAGGCCCGAUCCUGGGUCUAUAAUGCCAUCGAAUUGGGCAUGGAACAGCUAGAUAGUGAGUACGGAGCCACCUGCCUGCUACGAAGUAUCUGCGAGAUCUCUCAGAAGCCCUUUCAGAACAGCAAUAUAUUCAGCGAGAUUGUGAACGCGGUAUUGGUACCAAGCUUGGAUAAUGUGGCCGAAAAGUAUCUGCAUGCCCGCGAUGCUGGACGUGGCGGAGCCGAUUGCGAAAGGACCUACAGCGACUGCAAUCCGUUGCUAUGGAUUCUCGUCACAAACAUGGCCAAGAAUCCGUUCUGAUGGUCUGAUUGUAAGCACUCGGGAAUGGAUUUAUUUACCGAAAAUAAAUGUUAUUUGCUUCAUAUGCUGUGGGCUUGUAGAUCACUUCUUCGACUUUCGGAUUGCAUCCAGCCUGUAUUGCUCCCAGACUUCGCACAUCAUUGGCGUUUUCAGGCACAAGCACUCCACAUUUGGCAGAGGCCGGAUCUUGGGAUGCUUGCACUCCGAGAAAGAUGGGUAAGGAGUCAGUGGCUUCACACAGUUUGCGGGGCCACGAUCGGGCUUGCAGGAGGGCGGACUGCGGCCAUCGCGAUGACAGCGCCGCGCAAGUCUUGGGCAAUCAGCAUAGGACUUCUCGGGACAUUUCUGUUCGCAGGCAGUUACCGGCUUUGCAGAGGGCUUUCGCCGCUUGGCCGGCGCACGCUUUGCAUUGGCGAAGCAGCAGAUCUUCUUCGGCUUGAUCUGGAUUGGCGGGCAGGCCACCCAGGUCUGCCAGUACUUCCGUUUGGCUUUGUCCGACUCCACGUAAUAGAUGUCGUCGAAGCGCGGAUUGAAAGGGCAGUGAGGAUCGUCUGGCUCACAGAAUGGGUUCAGCCACAUCGACGUUUGCUUGUAAGUCUUGGACUUCUUCUCCGGCUUUGACAUAAUAUCUGGCUUGCCACAGGGGAACUUUGUCAUUUUCUUGCACUUCUCCUCACCCUGGCCCUUUUCGCAACCAGACUUGUAGCGCACAUACUUGCUAACGGCGCUGUGAACGCGCGGAGACCGGAGGAGUGCCCG